AUGCAAGACAGGUCGGCACGCAUCCGCUAUCAAGAUAUCGCAACGAAUUCAUCGCCUCUCCAGUGCGGGCUGCCACAGGGAUCGCCAGUCUCGCCGAUCCUCUUCCUACUGUAUACGGAACCAAUCUACCGCUUGGGCAGCUCAAAAGGGCGUUUCGGCUAUGCGGACGACACUGCCAUCCUUUGCGUCGGCGAUAGCCUGGAUGAGACGUCCGCCGAAGCAUCUCAUCAUGUGCGUGAGCUUGUAUCGUGGGGCGCCGCCAACGGGAUCUCCUUCGACCCUGAGAAGACAGAAGUGAUGCACUUCUCUCGAACGACGCCCAAGACGGCGCCGCCAGUGCUCCAUGGCGAAUUUGAGAAACGGCCGGGCCGGGCGAUGCGUUGGCUCGGCGUCUGGCUCGACAGCACUCUGUCUUUCAAGACUCAUGUCGAGAAAUGGACGGCCAAAGCGCAAGCAGUCGCCUUCCAUCUCAGGAGACUGACAAACACCAGGCAUGGUCCUCUACCGAGCGCUGUGCGACGAGCGGUCUGCGCUUGCGUCAUUCCAGUGCUGCUCUACGCGGCGGAGGUCUGGUAUCCUGGUUCUACGCGCCCGCGCUGGACCAAGCCGGGCAAGGAAGGACCGUCCAGGAUCGGACACCUCGUAAAGAAGAUGAGCAAGGCACUCUACACAUCUCUUCGGGCUAUCCUGCCAGUGUGGAGAACUACACCAACGAAUGUUCUGCACCGGGAGGCAGGGAUACCGCCGGUCCCUCUGCUGCUCGAGGCGCGCCGGACUGCAUUUGCUGCGCGUCUCAAAUCCCUGGACGAAGCUCAUCCGCUGCGGCGCUCCGACGAAUUGCUACCAAGCUGCCCAAGGCCUGCCUUGCUGCAGCGCGGAUUUGUCGAAGAGCAGACUGCGCCUCUGCAGAGUGCAUCGAAAAAUGAGACGGCGAAGAAAUUUCGCGAUUGGCUCCAGGCACUAUCGCCCCGAACUCUGGUCGUCUAUUCCGACGGGUCCCGUUCUACCGAAGGCCACGCCGGAUAUGGCUAUGUUGUUCAUCGGGACGGAUCCACCGUCUUGCGCGACAAGGGCCGUCUCGGGCCCGCCGAGAUUUUCGACGCUGAGGCGAAAGGUGCGUUGGAGGGGUUGAAGGCUGCGGUGAGCCUUCCAGAAACUGACCGCAUCUUUGUCUGCCUCGACAACCUCGCGACCGCAACAUGCUUACGGGGCACGCCGAGCGACUCCUCGCAAGAGGUCUUCCUUGAGUUUCAAUCUUUGGCGGGAGCAUCACUGCCAGAACCCGCUGAUAACGUCCCGACGCUAGCGCACCUGCGAAAGAUUGCCCGACAGCAGCCGGAAGAGGCUUUCAAGGCCUGGUGGGAAGCCUCUGCGCCGGAGCGAUACAGAGACCUGAGGCUUAAAGCCACAACCAGCUGCCCGUCAGAAUUGGCGCUCUCGGCCCCUGCUUCGUAA